AUGAUAACGAGUAAUAUCGAUCCUGGGUUCUCUGCCGAGCUGGAUAGAGACUACGAGCUUAUGAGAUCUCUGGGGUUGUUAGAUAACGAGCCCGAGUCUAACCAUAACGAAAAUGUGUCAGAUAAUGAUGAUGAGUCCGAUGAUGAUGAAUGUGACUAUGAAGGUGACAAUAAUUUGAUAGAUGGUUGGAAUUAUCUGGCUCGCUACGGAGAAGAAGCAUGGAAAAAUCUCCUGAAAGUCUGGAUGGCCCACCAGCGUAAUAUUGUUCUCAUGGAAUUUACUCGUAGACUUCCGAAUAUUUCUGGAAAAGUAAGGAAUGGGUUGUUUGAUGCGUUUUCCAGAUCUAGCGCGCUCGUUGUAAAAGUUCAUAAUUUGUUUCUGGAUACAUUAGCUCAUCCUACUAAAGGCUGGAAUCCCUACCCACUCUCUUCUUUCGUGAUCAGUGGAUAG